AUCCCAUGCGUCUCUUCACUUCUGACAGUCUUCAGUUCGAACUCAGACAGUCAGUACGCGCGCAAGCUUAGGUGUCAGCAACAUCAGCGGUGUUAACGACAUGGUGGACAAGGCGAGUGAAGCUCUGCUGUACGCUGCAGAGAGAGGCUGUCUGCAAGGCGUCAAAGCAGCUCUGAAAGCUGGUGCAGACAUCGACUACGCCCAACCGGAUAACGAGGUCACCGGCAAAGGAACAGCGCUGUUCAUCGCCUCCUACUUCAGACAUACAGACAUCAUGACACUUCUGAUCCGCAAGGGGGCGUCCAUGACAAAGAGAACCACGAUGUUUGCAUCUGCCCCCCUUCACGGAGCAGUGACUUAUGAAGGGAAAACAGACGCGUUGGAGUUGCUGUUCCGUCACGGUGCAACACUAGACAUACGGGACUGCUACCAGAGGACGCCCCUCAUGCUCGCCUGUAUGUUCGGUUAUGUCGACACAGUUCGGAAACUGAUUCAGCUCGGAGCAAGAGUGGAUUUGAAAGACACUGGACCUACAACGGCGCAGAUGUACUGCGAAAAGGCCGAGGAAGGUGGAAACUGCAGCCGUGCACAAAAAGAGACGAUGGUGAAGCUGAUACAAGAGGCGAGGUUGAGAUGCUGCAACCCUACAUGUGGCAAACCAGGUGACAGGUCCACCCUGAAGCUGUGUGGUCAGUGCAAACUGACCCGGUACUGCAGCCGUGACUGUCAGAAACAACACUGGACUGUCGGACACAAGAAGAGCUGCGGACACGAUGGGUACUCUGAACCGAGCCCCCUCAAAAAACUGUGGACGUCAGGCCGUAUUUUCGAUUUCAUGACGUAUGUGGUUCCAGAAACAUCCUAGAACAUGUAUAAGAAACGUAACUCUACAGACUUUAUAACUUUGCUGCAUCUUUAACUUGUCUUUGGUAUUACUUCAGUUCAUGGUACGGAAGUAUUGUUUUGGGCGGCCAAGUUGUGGGCUUGUCUCUCUGUCUUUACUUACUGCUUUGGUCCGAUUUCGGGUGCCAUGGGUAUACGAUUCUGCUAUGUAGGAUACAAUAACGAGCGACUUGUUAUCAAACGCUUUCAUUGUUUUGUCAGCCAUUUCUCACUAUAGUUAUGAUGCUGGUGUCUUUAUUUUUUAUGUAGAAAGUUAUGUUGUGUCAAGUUUUGCUUUGUGAACACAUAUUUUCCGUCUAUUUUUUUGGUUUGAUCCCUCAGAGCAAAGCAGGGAGUCGGAUGUUUAGAAAGCAACUUUUUAGUACUGACCACAUUUUCAUUUUCCAUCUACAGCUAGAUCAAUGGUAAUCAAACUGUGACGGAAUAAUUAAGUCAAGUUUGAACGUUUCAUAAUCUCACUGAAUCAUGUUUCAUCUGAUAGAAAUAACUUUCUGUUGACAUGCAUGGCUGUUGAGUGUUGUUACUUUUUCUUGCUAUCGUUAGUUCAGUGAUGAUUAGAUUUAUACUGCCGCAAAAUAGUUACGUUUUCUAUUUGCUUAAUCUCGAGUCCAUAUUCUAGUCGUACAUAAGUAUUCGAUGACUGCGCCACCAGUCCUGACGACAGUGUGCGGUACUGCAGCAGUACUAGCCAUGGGUAACUGUGACAUGCCAAUAAACAUUUGGGACACUUCGCUUGUGUAUAUCUUAUCUGUAUA